AUGUCCGGCCCUGGCCUCUUCAACAUGAAUAACCAUCCACACCUGCCCACACAGGUCAUCAGCGGGAUGAACGCGGACGACAUCCUGAACUACGCGACAGCGCAUCGUGCCGCUCGUGCAGCCAUAUUUCAACUCGCCAUGGACCGUAUUCGGCUCCACCCCUGGCCUCUUCCUCAGGGAAUUCAGCCCGCCGACUUCUGUCAAGAGUCGGGAGCAUCCUUUGAUGCUUUACUCCAGCAGGCCGAGUAUUUCCCCACCGUCAUUCGGGCGCUCUGGGAGCCCGCAGGUCAGGUCCUGUUGGAGAGCUUCCGUGAGCGGGGGGUCACUUCAAGAUACGCGGCCCUGGUUUGUCUCGUCUUCACCGUCGCCAGAGUACGAGACAUCACACAAGCCACCUCACGAUACACGGCCUUUUCCGCACUGGACCUCAUUACUGUCUCUGCUGCUUGGGACGGCCGCCACUUGCUAGGAAUGCGCGAGUUUCAGACCUUCACUCGUCUUCCGCAGCCUGCGGUGUCAGCUGCUUUUUCUCGUCUCCAGACAGCACGCGACAUUUACCGAAGUGCGAGAGCCUUGAGACCGUGGUACCGCAGAACAGAUGCAGCAAUCGAUCCCUUCCGUCAGGGAUUCGUCGCUGAUCCCGAUGCUUAG